AUGGAUUACGUAGAAAAUGGAAACUUACAUGAUUAUCUUUCGAAAAAUGAACUUGAGUGGGAUGCAAAAUUAAAAAUGACCAUUGAUAUCGCAUUAGGGUUAUUAGAAUGUCAUGAUCAUAAUAUUAUACAUUUAAAUAUAAAUUCUGAAAAUAUAUUAGUGGAUAAAAACUUAGAAUUAAAGAUUGCGGGUUUCGGCUUUAUCAAAAACGGGGAAUUUGAUAAUAUAGAAAAUGUACGAUGGGCUGCUCCUGAAUAUAUCUCAAGAAAUCAAAAAAUGGGUGAAGAGAAACUUUCAGUUAUGUGGGAAAUUGCAAUGAAUGGUAAAAAACCAUAUGAAGACAUAGAAGAUUUUGAUAAACUAAAAAAUGCCAAGGUUACUGGCGAAAAUGAAGAUUUGAUUAAAGAACUUGAAACGAAAAAUACACCUGGCAGAUUAAUAAAUGAAGAACUACCGUUAAUUGAACACAAAAAUUAUAUUAAACUUGGCAAAAUUAUUUCACCACCAAAAUUAUCAUUUAAUGAAAUUCGUAAAAAUGUGAUCACAAUACUUACAUAUAUCCAGCAAAAAAUUAAGAUGUGGGGAGUUGAUAUUCUUAAAGCAGAAAACUUCGACAAAUAUUUAAUAGAUUAUGAUGAGGAAGAUGAACAGUUCCCCGAUGUUGAAUCAAACAGAUUAUCUCGAUUUGAUUACAUUGCCAUUUUAUUUGCUUUGGCUGAAUUUACUGUAAUUCAAGAUAUCUUUCAAAUUAUAUCUCAAUUUCCAAUUGCAUUUCCUUUAUUGAUACCCAAAUUAGAUGAGGAAAAAAAGUAUAAAGUGAUGAUUCCUUUAUUAACAGGACCAGUUAUUAAAUGGAAAACAAUUAAUGGAACAAUAAUAGAAAAUCAUCUUUUCAAAGAUUCUUUCAAAAUGAUUGUUACAGUUCGAAUUGGAUCAGGUCCUAAAGGCAAAAGUACUAUAAUUAAUCAGUUAAUGAGUUCAAAAGAUAUGUUUACUUCAUAUUCUGAUCCAAGUGCAGAAAAUGGAAUCCCAAAUAUGAUCAGAGGAAGUAUCGAGUUCGUUUGGUUAACUGAAGAGACUUGUGGAGAUGCCCUCUGGAAUCUGAUUUUUAAAAAUCAUUAUGCAAAAGGAGGAAGAGAGAUUAUAUUACUUGCAAAUUUACAUGGUGAUGCUUUGGAUUAUCCUGAUCAAAUAGAAUUCUUGAAGCAAUUUUCCUCUUGCUUCUUGGUUUACUUGAUGCCUGGAUACGACCAAAAUCAAAAAGAUAAGAUUAAAACUUUAAUUAAUCCUAAAAAAGCGAUAUAUAAUUACGUAGAUCCUAGAAACAGUGAAGAUAUCGAUAUAAAGAAAUAUACAAUUAAUACAAAUUUAUUGGAGAAUAAUAAAACAAUAAAAAAACUCUGCAAAAUUUUUGACGAAGUUUUAGCAUUAGACUUCAGAUCACCAAUAAAUGCAAUUAAUUUCAAUGAAUUAAAAUUAGGAAAUACACUUCAAUUUGCUGGAAAUACCAAAUUUCUUGAAUCUAGGAAUAUUGUAAAUUUUAUUAAGGGUAAAACUUGUCGUCACAUUAAACUAAAUGUUAUGCAAUGUCAAAAAAAACAAUUUAAAGACAUAUCUAACUUUAUACAAUAUUGGCAGCAAACAACUGAGUUUCAGGAUCUAAUUAAACAAUUCACCAGUAUUCUAGCUCAACCUAUCUAUGAAAGAAGACAAGCUCUAGCACAUCUUGAAGGAGAAUUGUCCAGACUUUCUACGGAAGAGUCUUCUGAAUCUCGAAAUAAUGCUAUAUUCAAAAGAAAAGAAUUAGAUUGGGCAAGAAUUAUCAACAAUAAUCAAGAAAAGUAUGAAGAGAUUCGAAAGUCAAUUACAGAACUUUGGAAAGAAGUUGAUAACUCAAGUUUAGGUAUAGAACAUUUUUUCCGUGAAUUAGGACAUAUUUAUAAGAUUUUUAUUUCUGAUUCUGAUGAUGAUUCAAAAACUAUUUCCAUCAAUGGUCUUACCAAAGAAGGCGUUUUAAAAAUACCAGAAUAUUGUGCUGAGUUGUUAAUUAGUGGUAAUACUAUAGAAUUGCUUGAUGGUGAUUCUACAACUAUAUCCGAGGAUUGGUUUUCAACAAUUUGUAAUUGUAUUAAUAAAAAAUUUCCGAACCUUAGAGUUUUUGUAAUCAGUAUACUUGGAUUACAGUCAUCUGGAAAGUCUACUCUUCUAAAUGCACUUUUUGCGUGUAAAUUUGCAGUUUCAGCUGGGCGUUGUACUAAAGGGUUUUUUAUGCGAUUAUCGUUUUUAGAAAAAGAGUUAUCAGAUUUACUCGGUAUUGAUGCUUUUAUCUUAAUAGAUACUGAAGGACUUGGUGCACCAGAAAAAAUAGGUGAACCAGAAUCAGAAAAGAAAGAUCGAAUGUUAGCAACCUUUGCAAUGGGAAUAAGCAAUUUAACAAUUAUUAACAUACUUGGAGAAUCAAUGAGUGAGUUGAAUGAAAUUUUAAAGACUGUACAGGUGGCAAUUGUGACAAUGCCACGCCUUGAGAAGGCUAUAAUAUCACCUGAUAUACUUAUGGUGCAACAUGUCACAGAAAAAAAUUCAACAAAAUUAGGUGGGUUAGAACGAAAAUUUCGGGAAGCUUUUCAAAAAGCUUUAGAGAUAGCCAAAGGAAAAAUCAGUGGGAUGAGUGCACAUAACAUUGACUGCCUUAAUAUUCUUGGCGCAAGGAUUAAAAAUGAAAAAUUUCUCAAACUAUUUGCGCCAUUUAAAAAUGGUACAAGUGCGUAUUCCCCACCAUCGAAACAAUAUCACGAAGACAUUUUAUUGGGAUGCAAUAGUUGCGAAUACUGA